AUGGCGGCUUGUGUUCUUGACGGAGAGAAACUUUGUGAGGUUUCUGGCGAAGUAAAAUGGUCAAAUGUGGAACGCUAUAGUCUGGAAUAUUGCCAUGGAUCAUUAGCUCUCUAUAAACUGAGUACCAGUUUUUAUAUACAUGGAAUUACAAAAGCAAAACGCGUGAAGGUAAUUUCAGUUUACACUCUGCGUAAUUAGUAAUUUAAACAUCAUGUCAAAAUCGUUCCUUUUCUUACCGGCGUUUGAAGUAGAACACUUCACGCUUGUUGACCGCUCUGUCAAGAAGCUAUACUUGGCUACUGUCUGACAUUUUUUUGUCAUUUCCUUGGGCACACAACCGUUCAUAGCAUAAGAGAACCUGGACCUUAUCUGUUUUGUUUAUUCAUUCCAUUCAUUCGAAUGGCUGAUUCGAAGACCUUUAUUGUUUGCCAAUGAAUAUAGUUUACAGCACUGAGCUAUAGCUAAAUGGGUAGUUAUAUUUUAGCGAAAAAAUGAAUUUGAUUUUAAAAGAUGUAGCUCAGACAGCUAUUGUUUAAAUGAAAAAGUAUGCAAUGCAUAAAACUCCACUGCUUAGCUCUUCAGAUUAGUCUGGUUUAGGCCAGAUAUGACAUAUAUAUUGGCUGUUACGUUGCUUUAAAGUCUAAUUUGAUACUAAUACAGUUGAACUACAAUUAUCCAGACUCAUUGGGAUUAGACAAAACAGUCCAGAUAAUCGAGGGUCCGGAUUAUCGAUGAUAUAAAUAUUAAUGGAGAUCAAAAACUGAUUAAAUUAAGAAAGCAACACUUUAUAAUGAAACAAAACAUUUACACAUCGUUUUGAAAAAAAUAUGGUCUACAUCUUCACUGUUUGUUGUGAAUACCUCAACACAUGUGUAUUAACAAUUAAAAUUAACAAAAAUCAAACAAUUCAAUAAUACAUUUGUACUCUUAAAUGUAAAUAUUUAACUGUGUUCAAUUCUUUGAAUUUCAGUUCCUCUUGAAGCCUGAUAAAUUUUCAUUUCAAAGCCGUGAGUCACGGCUAACUUUGUCUUUUACUGAGCGUGGCAAAUCAGCAGUUUCCAUGCACUUGAGAGAGGCAGAACCUAACCAGCUGCGAGCAUUUAUAGAUGUUUUGAACAAUGUAAAAGCAUAUAAUGCUUCUUUUAAAGGUGAGAAAAUGGGAAAAUUGAAGGUAAUUUGUAUUUAACCUUUUGACCCUUAAGAGUGACCAGCAUCUAAUCUCUCCUAACAUCAUCACCCUUGAAUCACACAUCAAGGUCAUGAGAAUAAAGGAAAUGAUCACCAACUAACAAAGCUCUUGAUUGUAACACAAAUUCUCCUUGUCAGCACCAAAGGAAAUAUAUAAGAGAACAGUAUGGAGAAUAUGCAUACCAAUGUGAGUGUACAAAAGGUGAAAGAUAGCAGUUUCGACUUCCUUUGCAUGGUGUGAUUUAGGAAAAACUCUCAAUGCUUACUGGAGCAAUUAAUGAAAUAGUUGUUUACCUCUUAGUUUGAUUACAUAGAAUUACUACUUUUGUUAUCUCUAAUUUGUAGGAAAAUUGAUUUCAUCCUCUUCAAAAGGAAAAGAUAUAGAAAAUGCUGAGGUAAGCUUAAACCUUUGAUCAUCAAGAGUUGAGCAGUAUCUCAUUUUUCCUACACAUCACCCUUAAAUUGCAACUUGAAGUCAUAGGAAUAAAGGAAAUGAUCACCAACUGAAGAAACUCUUGAUUUUUUAAACAAAGUGUCAGUUUCAGCACCUUAACCCUUUAAACCCUAAUAGUGACCAGCAUCUUAUUUCUCCUAAAAAUAUCACUGCCUGAUCAAAUGUACAGAUCAUGAGAGUGAAUGAAAUGAUCACCAAAGAUGAAAUGUCGUGAUGUUUGAUCAAAUUCUCCCAAUCAGUAAAAUAAGAAACAGAUGAAGAACAGUGAUGAGAAUAUACAUGUUGAUAUUGGGGCUUAAAGGGUUAAGAAUAUGCAUGCUGAUGAUAGGUGUAAAGGGGUCAAGAGAUGUCACAGUAAAAAAAAAAAAGGCUGUUAUCUGGUCUACUAGAAAUAGUGAUACUUAUUGUAACUUCAGACAAUCAAAAAAAUAUUUGAUAUUAAUGGGUUUCUAGGCUUGUUCAACUAACCCUCUCUUUCCUUGGUCAUCAGAUAAAACUAAAUGGGAAUCAAGUCCUGUAAAUUAUACAAUGAAUUAUUAUACUUUAUAAAAUAAUUCAAAUAGUACGCAUGCUCUGAUUAGCCAUAAAACCAUUUUACAUGAGUGUAUGUAAACACAGUUUUCGUCCUCUUUCAUUAGUUAUUUUAUAAAAGAAAUGUAAAAUGCUUUCUGUGUUUACAUAGCCUGAUGUAAACACUUGGGAGGUUGGGAGAACAUGAGAUAAGCUGGAAACCACUCUGCUUCGCAUCAUGGUUUCCUACACUUAUCUCAUGUUCUCCCAACCUCCCAAGUGUUUACAUCAGGCUAUGUAAAUACGGAAACCAUUUUACAUUUCUUCAUCAGACAACAAUCUGUGAACAUACUUUUUCACUGCAGAACUUGCCCUUGAAUAACAUCCACUCCAAUGCAUCAUCACCAAGAGGAAAAUAUGAAUCACCUUUGAGAAGAAACUCGAUGAGAUCAUCACCUUCUGCGAGGACAAACAAGUAAGUUCCUUAAACUUUUUACCCUUAAGAGUGACCAGCAUAUAAUUUCUCUGUACAGUAUCACCUCCAAAUCACACAUCAAGGCCAUGAGGAUAAAGGAAGCGAUCGCCAACUGAAGAAGCUCAAAUUCUCCUAGCCAGGACUGUUGGAAAUGUAUACAGAACAGUAUGGAGAAUAUGUGUACUGAUGUUAGGGAGUUACAGGUUAACCCUGUUAUUCCCAAGAUCUAACUUUAAGCUCUCCACACUUUCUGUUAUGCACUUCCUCUAAUCGAGCUCUGAUAAUCUGGUGUUAGAUCAAUCAGUAUUCCCUUCUUGAUAUUUCACACUCUUCUCAUCUUCUUCUAGUGUGAAAUUAGAGAAUUUGAUAUAGUGAGGAAGAUUUUUUUCGGUAAUUCCUGGGAGUGAAACUCUAUCAGAGUUGAUGCAAGAGCCAGCAAUCUUUCAGCCUCAAAGAGCUUUUGUUGGGUUAAAAGGAGUUUUUCUUUCAAUAUGUGGGUCAGUUAUAAGUGCUAACAUUUUUGCACAUAUUUUUUUCCCCUACUUUAGACUCAACAGACAUCAUGAAAUAAGCACUAUCAGUAAUUCUGUUUUUGUUGAUCAAUCCAUUUUUUUUUUAGACUAACCCCUAGUGUUCAGCGCAAUCUCCAUGCCAAGCAGAUGAAUCCACCUUCAUCAAACAGAUCACCAAAUAAAACCCCUCUUGUGGAUAAAACAUUUGCAAGAGGUUUGUAUUAAAAUAAUAAGAAAGCCCUCGAGGCUCAUGCACAUGAGUGAAAUAUUUCUAAACUGUGCACCAAAUUUUGAUUCCAAACUUUCAGCUGAGAAAUUAGACCCUAUAUGUCUGAACCCCAGAGCCAAGUGACCUGUCCAGCGAAGGCUUAGCCUGGUUCCCAUGGGAUGAAGCAACUAGGGGUAAUACUACUUUCCCUGGAUAGGAUGCCAGUCCUUUGCAAUACCCUCCCCUCCUUGGCCCGUCCAGUGAGGGUGCCUGGUUUCCAUAGCAUGAAGGGAUUAGGAGUAAUACUACUCCCCCCUGGAUUGGAUUCCAGUCCUUUGCAAUACUCCUCCCCCCCUUCUGCCUAGCAUUUCAUCAAGGCUGACAAUUCACUGGUACCCAUUUAUAUUCUUGGGUGGGGAGAGGCAUUGCAAAAUUUAAGCAUUUUCUCAAGGACACAACACAGUGACCUGGCCAGGUCUCAAACCCAGUCCCUCAACCCAGGAUUCACUUUGCUAACAAUCAGACCAUUGGGUCUCUCCCAGUAUUCAGAGUCAACUAUAAAUACAAUUCAUAUUUGAGUGUAUCAGGAAUUACAGACUUUUCAGCUGUAAAGGUCAGGGCUCAAAACUGUCUUUGAUUAUUUUAUAACAGAUAAUCUAAGCAAUACAUCUAGUGGUGGAAAGUCGGUCACUUCAUUUUAUGGAUCACAAAAUUUAACACAGUCCCCAAGUGAAUGGUUAGUAAUUUAAAAUUUUAUUUUGGGCUUGGUAUGCAAAUGGGAAAGAUGAUGCACAUCUUCUGUCCUGAUUGGCUACCCUUGAGGGGGAGGGGAUGGGGAGAGUGGGCAAGAACGGCCUGUCACAUCCAUCCAGCUUUGCCUUCUUUGCAAAACCUGUUAUGUGACUAGCUUACUGAGGAGGAAAGUGGUGAGGUGUUUGUUGCAUUGAGUUAUUCUUUUGACAAAUUAUGACCCAAUUAUGGAUAUAUCUUCAUGUGAGAAUAAAUAAAAUACAACACACCUAUGGUCAGAAGUGACUUUGCAGGGAAUGAACCAUUCUGUUACAUGAAUUGUUGCCAUUAAAUUUGAGGUUUAGAGUUUUAUAAAUGGGUUGACAAGAGAUAUAGAUUUUCCAAGUAAGCUUGAUAUUUAAAAAACUCAAGGGAUGAGAGGAAAGGAAUGCUUAUUUGGUCAUUUGGCAUAAAGGACUAUGCCCAGUUUAGCAUGGGUGUGCUUAUUGCUGGUGGAACAGUAGAUUACUAUUAAGUAGAAAUUGAGUGAUUCGUCUGGGUCAAGUUGUUCAAAGCACAAUUAAGAUGUUAACAAUCAGAUCUUGGCAGUUAGAGGGUUAAACUUUUAAUCUUGGAUAAUCACUAACUACCUCUCCAACAAGCGGACCCUGAUCUGGAGAUGGAUGGACAUCAAUAAUGGUUCAUUUUCAUUCACAGGAAAUCUGCAAAGAAUCUUAGGGGCCCAGGCUUGAUGCCUGCACCUCAAACAAAACGUCUGACAAGUCAGAUAUCUUUCAGAUCCCGUGAGAAGCUUCUCUACGAGAGAGAUUUUGCAUUGACAGGGUAGGAAAGUGCAGUCUAAUUUCCUGUAUCAUUAUGAUCAUUCCAAAGAAAGAUUUUAUAGAAUCUGAACUUGCCCAUGGUCUUUACUUGGGUACAGAUCAUUCUGGCAGUAAAUUAUAAAUUACAAAAGGCUCAUUACUUUUUAAAAUCCUCUUCCAGUUUCUGAAGUGAACGAAAAGCAAUUUCCUCUUACCAAUACCAAAGCAAUUAUUAUUGCUUACCAUACCAAUACAUUUUAAGCAGAAAGAUUGAUUUGAGAGGGACAUAUCAAAAGAAGGGAUGUUGUUUGAUUAAACAUAAAAUUAUUUUGACUAAAAUUACAAAAGUUGGGCAGAAUUAAGAACUCAAAGAUGUGAACAAUAAAUUUUUGGGUUGCAAUGUUCCAUGUGAGCCUAUACUUGUGACAAUGACAGCUGUCCAGAAGAGCCCUGAAGGCUCAUUGCAGUUAGCUUUGUUACACUGUCAUUCAGUGAAAUCAAAUCUGAAAUACACAAAUUGAAUUUUUAUGGUUGCAGCUUUUCAAAUUUGGGAAAUACUUGCUACAUGAAUGCCAUUCUUCAAUCAUUACUUGGUUUGCCACCAUUUGUUCAGGAUCUUUCUAACAGAGCUUUGUUGGAAAAUGUUUUUCCACACUGUCUGUACAAGUAAGUGUAAAAUUACCUCUUUUUUUUUGUUUGUUUGUUUUUUGUUUGUUUGUCAUGGGAGACAUCAUGGUGUACUGGUUUGUGCCUUGGAUUCCAAGUAAACAGCUCUGGAGUCCAGGUUGUGUCAAUAGAGAGUUUUAGAUCCCAGUUUGGUGUGUUCACUGCAAAUAUUAAACCACAAUCAGCAGUUUGUGGUUAGAAGUUAGAAGUUAGAAGUUUUGAGACUUUCAGCUUUUUAGCUCAACAUCCGCUAUCACCCAAAAAAAUAAACAUGUGCAUUGCCAUCUGAAAUUACACAAAGGAAGGAGGUCCUUCAUUUCAAAUUCAGAAUGUGGCUAAAAGAUUGAUUUUCUAGCAUCCAAAAUGGAUUGGUUAUAAAGAAAAGACUUCACCUCAAAUAUAUUUAUGGAACACGAAUGAGAACUUUUGAACAGGAAGUAAAAAAGCAUCAAGGGAGUUCCUGAAACUACCUUGUCCAAAGUUCAAAAAUUGACGGCAAACGGCAAAUGUGACUGCUAGAGUUUGGUCACUUGACUCCUAGACGUUUGCAGUCACACAUAUUCAGAAACAGUUGUAGAUCUAAAACUCCCCAAUAUGUUGUUUUCUUGGGAAAAACACUUCACUCUCACAACGUCUCUUUCCAUCUAGGAGUGUUAAGUUUUUAUCUUCCUUCCUAUUUUCCUUCUUUUCCCACAGAUGUCUUCAUAGUGUUCUAAUGUGUAAAAGAAAGUGUGGAAAUCCAGAGGUGCUGAAGAAUUGUUUGAGGAAACUUAAGCGAACAAUCUCUGAAGCUGCAACACGUUUUUCAGGAUAUCAUCAGCAUGUAAGAAUUUACAGCAUCUAUCUCGUUCAUUGUGCUGUCACAGGAAGUUCACCUUUUGUUUGGGAGAGGUAAAGCUUUACAAAACAAUUAUCUGUACCUGGAGCUGGUUGUCCAAAGAAUAACAAGCACUUAUGCAAAAGGAAAUCUUCAACCUUUUAUUCAGAUGUUUGUGGAUCUAGCUUUGGGUCUGGUGAAUUAUGAUGUAUGCAAUUGGAAAUGACUUAACCUUUCACACCCUAACAUCAGUAUGCAUAUUCUCCAUACUGUUCUCCAUACAUUUUCUUAGUUGCUGACAAGGAGAAUUUGUUUAACAAUCAAAAGCUUCUCUAAUUGUUGAUAGUUUCCUUUAUUCUCAUGUGUCAUUUCAUUUGGGGGGAGGGGAGGUUUUAUACUGUUGGGAGAAAUUAGAUGCUAGUCACUCUCGGAGGUCAAAUGGUGAAAUUUUAUUGCAGAGAAGUUUGAAGUUUAUUUGAUUUAUUUUUAUAGGAUGCUCAUGAGUUCCUUUGUCAAGUGUUUGAUCAGCUGAAGGAUGAUGUGAGCAAAUCUAACUCUCCAUCUUCCAAAGAUACCUCAAGUGGAAGUAACCCAAAGGUAAGAAUUUUAUGGAAAAUUUGUUGCUGGCACUGAUGAUAUUUGUUUAAUUUCAAAGCAGGGUUUUUACCAUCAUGAUGAUAAGUUUUUACAUAUAGCUCCACAUUGUAUGUUAUUUGAGGUUGAAACCAGUGGUAAAAAUUUUGAUCUCAACAAAAUUAUACUUUGUAAUGAAUAGACUUUAAUUCCUGCUCCUGUGUAGUUGGCAGAUUCUCAAUGUCCUGUGACAAGAUCUUUUGAAAGUGGAGUGGUCCAUACAGUCAUUUGUAAACAGUAAGUAGUUUAUUACAAAUUGGUACUACUGUUGUGUAGCUAUGCAAAUGAUUUUUUAACGUACCCAGGCCUCUUUCUUGUUCACUCCUUUUCUUCUCUUUCCUUCUUUCUUUAUCCUUUUGAUCCUCCAUUAACCUUUCCUCUUUUCACACUUUGUUAACCUUCUUUUUCCAGUUCGUCACCUUUCUUUUCUUCAUUUUUCCUCUCUGCCCACUCCAGUCCUUCCUCUUUUUUUUUCUUCCCUCCUUCUCUUUUCUUUUCAUCUCCUUUUCUUCCUCACUUCACUACUUUCAUCCCCUUUGUCUCUCCUUCUGUCUCUUCCUUCCAUCCUUCCUCUCUCCCAGUCUUCCCUUUUUUCCCCUUAAGUCAUACUUCCUCCUCCCAGUCUAUCCUCCCCUCCCUCCUCUCCUUUACUCUUUUGUUCCCUCUAACUCUCACUAAAUACCCAUUACUCUCCUCCCCAACCCCUCUUUUCUUCUUUUACCUCACCCCACCCUCCUCUCUUUCUCUCAAGCUUAUGUCUUCCUUCCUAACUUGCUCUUGUAUUCAAACCAGUGUAUGAAUUUUUGAUUUAAACAUUUUGCCAUUAUUGCUAUAAAUACAAAUUGUGUAAAUGUUGACAUCUAGGUGUGGAGAAUCUGCUCCAAAAGAAGAGAUUUAUCAUGCCUUUUCUCUUGACAUCCCAGUUCUGUGAGUAUAUAUUCUUGAUCCAAGGUUUUUAUUCCAACUUAAGUAUUUUCCGUUACAGGACACUCAUCCUUUAACUUUGAAUAAACAUACUCCUAACCGACACCUUCACAACAUGUAAACUCCAACACUCUGAGCCAAACUUGUUAUUUCAUUUCAUGCUGCCAUCAAUCAUUAUCAUUGGCAUAUGAUAUCUUGAAAUGGAAACAAGAAAAAUUGGUUUAAAAUGCUGUGAUCACCACUCAUCAAAUGGUCUUUAAAACCCUGGAACAUCAUAGCUGUUUUUUAGGAGCUCUGCAACACAACCAACAGCAGUGGAAAUAAAAUCUUUGGUGGUUACUUCCAACUCUGUAGUUCACUUUUUGUUAAAAAGCACCAUAACUUUUACAGAAAUCAACAGUCCAAACUUCAUUUGUCCAUUUUGUAGGUGUAAUUCCUCAGAUAAGUCUCCAUUUGGCUCAGCUGUCAGCAUGCAAACCUUACUAGAGAAACACUUUGAGGUAAGCAGUGGAAAAACUGAAAAUUGGAUCAACCCUUCAACUAUUAUAAGUGACCAAGAAAGAAUUUCUCGUUACAAUGUCGCCAAAAAUUAAGUAGACAAGUAAUGAGAAUAAAGAAAAAUAUCAGUUAGGAGAUUAUUAGUAGAUCCAAUAUCAAAUUCUCUGAACUAACAUCAUGAGAAUUGUAUCGGAGAUAGUAAAGAGAAUUACUAUGGAGAUCUUGGGAGUUAAAAGGGUAAAGUUUGCAUAAAGAUGUCAAAGUGAUCUGAAGAACAUAUCUCACGAAAAGCAACAUUGAUUUUUAUCUCAUUUUAGGAUGAACAGCUUGAGUACACAUGUGGAAAAUGUAAGUCCAAGGAAGCUAUCAUUGCACACAGUUUCAGUAGGCUUCCAAGGUUAGUUUUGCCUUUUUCACUUUUUACUAAGGUGGUAGUCUGCCACUCACUGGCAAGUCUGUACUUGAUCUAAGUGAUGUACCUGAUAAAUUUAUAUAUCUUAGUUAAAAUUUUUUUUUUUUUUAAAAAAUUAAACUCACUACAUAAUAUUGAAUACUCACUUCAGAAUACAGGAGUAGUGGAUGGCUAUUUUUAUAUUCCAUUAAACAGUGACUUGGAUAUUUGAAUUUAGUUUUGUUUAGUAUUUUGUCAUUUCUUUCAGAGUGCUUAUUCUGCACUUGAAGCGGUAUGGAUUUGACAACUUUACUGAAGAACAGGCCAAGAAGCAAGACAAGGUUAAAAUUGAAAGGUUUAUUAACCUUAGUGAGUAUCAACACAACAUCUUUCUCUUUGGCAGUUAAUACCCAUUGUUACUGGGGGCUUGAGAUUGCAAUCAAUACUAGUGCUAAUGGAACUAGCAUUUUCUUGCUGGAAGCUAAAAGUUUUGGGCUAGUUGUCACUGUAAUUACUUCAUUUUUUAAUGUUUUAAAUUAGAAAGUUAAAUGAGUUGAGCUCAAAAGUACAUCACACUAUCUAGUUUUACUUCUACCUUGAUAAAAAAGAGGAAAACUGAUCAAACACAUCUAUCUUUUGACAUACACUCAGCAAAUGUGAUCAAUUUUAAAGGCAGGUGCAGAAUUUCAUGUUGUAACUUCAUACAUCUAACAUCAUAGUAAAGCCAAAUUAGUGGUACUGCAGGUACAUUCAGAUCCAGCUUUUAAAUUGGCAACUCAAAAUUUAGUGCUGGCAACCAUUUUUUCACCAUCAAGGUGCCAGAAGGCAAUUGGAAAUUUCUCCUUGUUAUUUUGGGCCUUGUUACUGGAAGUACACAAGAGUCAAGUAUUCAUGAUUCAUCUUGUCUGUAGGUAUGCUGUGCUCAUCAACAUCAAGGCCUCCAUUGCCAUUCCAACCAAAGUCAUCACUCAAAUUGUAAGUAAUGUGUAGCAUGAAAACUAGCCUUUUUUUUUUUUAACAAAACCACCCAUUAAACUAUCUUCAAUUUAGCUGAAUCUUUUAUCUGAACAUUUAUUUUUGUGAAUGGUGUCCAGAAGGCUAAACACUAGACAUGGAAGGACAUUUAUUUAAUGAAAACACCCCCCACCCCCAUGUUGCUGUGAGGUGUUCAGUAGUAGAUCACAGAUGACAUAAAAAUAUGAUAAGAGCAAAACAUUGUUACUCAAAGGACAGCCAAGUGUGUCACUGAUGUUCUUCCCACAUUUUGACAGCUUCUGAGAUCUUUUCCUGAACAGAUGUGCAGCAACAUGGGUUCUUUUUGUUUUAUAAAAAGAAGGAAGCAAAAUUCUGUUAAUAGUGAUGUCAUCUAUAAGUCUGUCCUCCAACAGAUCAUAUAUAGGAGCCAAUCAAAAUGAAUGUAUAAUUCAGCUUUUAUAUAAUUUGAUAUGGCACCAUCAGGCAUCUGUUCUAUUUUUUUUUGUCCCAGCAGUCCAACAAAAUCAGGCCGUAAACCACAGAAACGCUACUUAACCAGUGAUGAAGACGAUGAUGAUUCUCUUCAUUUUCAACCCUCUCCCUCAGUGAGGAGGAAACUAUCACAUUCUUUUGCAAAUGAAAAUUUCUCAAGGUACGGAAAACUAUGGUAUUCAUGGAAGAAACAUGGAAUGAUAAUCUUAUUACAACUGACAGUCUUUCAUCAAAAGAAUGAUUUAUAUUUAGAUACUUUCCAUAAGCAAGUUUCCCUGCUUUAACUAACCCUUUGACUCAUAAGAGUAACUAGCAUCUAUUUUCACAAAUUAAGGUCACUAAAAUAACAAAAAUGAUCACCAAAUAUAGAUUUAAGCUCUUGAUUGUUGAUCAAAUUCUCCCUGGCGUGGCACCUCAGAAAAUGCUAAGAGAACAGUUUGGAGAAUUUGAUUGUAUACUGGCAUUAGGGUAUAAAGGGUUGAAUCUUUUGGGGGAAAAAUGUUUCAAAGUAUGUUAACAGUAUCAUAAAUCAGUAUGCUGCCCUCAAGGACAAAGAAAGUGCUUUUUAUGUUUAGAGAUGUCAUUGAAGUCAAUAUGCAAAUUCUGAUCAUUGAAUUUUUCUUAUCAGUACUGCUGCCAGAAAUUCUCUGACAAACACAACAAAUUAUUCAGAUGAUGAUGUGGAGGUCAUGGGUGUUUCCAAGCUAGACAGGGUCAUUGAAAAUGACCAAACAGAAGAACAGACCCAUGAAUCUGAAAAAACUGCUGACAAAGAUAUCACUAAAUUUGAUGGGAUCAGGCACACACCGUCACAUCAAAUGCCACUGAGGAAUAAAUCAGUCUUGGAGGGAACAGAAGAGGAGCAAAUGGAAUGGGCUUUGGCUGAAAGUGCUCAAUCAGCAGAAAAAGAAUCAAAUGUAAACAAAGAAGUAAAUGAAGAUGAUGCCAAAUGCAAUACUUUGGCAGACAUUUUGAGCAAUGAUACAAAAUCUAAUAUUGGCAAUUGUUUUUCCAACCCUGUGAGCCAUGUUACCAAUCAACCAACUGUUUGUGAGAAAGAUGUCAUUGAAGUUGGAGAGGUUGGGAACACACCUUUACGUCAUACCCCACUGAGAUUCAAACGGAUUUGGGAAGAUACAGAGGAAGAGCAAAUGAAAUGGGCUUUGGCAGAGAGUACAAAAUCAGCAAAAAAAGAAUCAAUGGCAAAAUUGAAUGGACUUGAACAAAAAGCCAACACAAAUGCUGGGGAACGCACAUCAAAAACAGAAGCUUUGAGUGAAGAUGCAAUUUCUAAUUUCGACAGUGAUGAUUUUAAUCAAUUGAGUGAUAUUUCUGAUGAAGAUUUAGUUUUCAUGGCUCAGAGCAGCAAAGUUGAAGAACCUGUUGGUUUAAAAGGAGGUGCUCCAAUUACAACAGCAGCUCAAGAUGUUUCCCAUGAUCUUGAUGAUAGUUGUCUGAAUGAUACUGGCAAUGACAAAAGCUGUGGGGAAGAUUCAAGCUUAGAAAAUAGCAUAGACGCAGGAUUUGUUCUAAAAAACAGCACUCCUAAGAUUUGUAUCAAAAAAGGAACUGGUAGCUCCAUUCAAAGACAAACACUUCAAAGAAAUUUCAGCUUGAGUAAAACACCCAAGCUAGGAAAAUUUGAAGGGGAUCUGUUUGAUGCUGGCAUUAAAGAGAGUAAUCUUGCUUCAACCAAUACUAUUGGUAGUGAGAUUGUUGACAAGAGCAGCUGGGAGGUUCAAUGUUUUAGCGAUGAAGACAUGGAAAAGGCAAUCAACAUGAGUCUUCAAGACCAGACAAGAAGUGAACAGGAAACGGUAACUUUUAAAUUUAUAAGAAUUUGUAUCCCAGAAGGAAUUUCACUUUCCUAACAGCAUUCUUUUUCAUUGAUCGUGUCUAUCAAAAACAAGACAACCUUUUCUCUCUGUGAAAAAACCAUGUAUGAGACUAUAGAAGCAUUAUUCUUCCAGAAGGCCACAAUUUUCCCAUAAGUUAUUUCCUGAAAACUAAGUACCCACAAUUUAAAAUAAAGAGCAUUCUUCAGCAACUUUUGAAGCACUUAAUACAUUAAACUCUUAAGCCUUUCAAAGUUUAUCAUCCUGACAUUAGCAGUAGAAGAUAGAGAUGAAUUGUUUACAGCUUGGUACCCACAAUUUAAAUUUCUCUUAUUUAUUAUUAAGUAGUUAUUAAUAUUAUUUUUUUAAAUCAUUCUUACCAGACAGAAGAUGAAGAUCUGAAGAGGGCUUUGCAGCUGAGUUUGCAAGGUGAAUUUAUCAGGGGAAAUGUGGAAAAUGCCCUCUAAAAUACAUGAGCAUUUAAACCAUUGUUGCGCCCAUAAGUGACAAGCAUGGGAAAUGGCCCCUAAUGGUCUUUAAUUUCUGUUUUUCACCCUUUCACUCCCAGGAUUGAUUAACAUUUCACUUCUCCCCACAAUAUUAAGACAUUAUCCAGCAAACAGGUAAUGAGAAUACUCAAACUAAUCUGGUUGUUAUCUUGAUCCAACACCAAAUUCUUGUUACUAGUUUACUAGGAAAUGUGUUGCAGCUAGUGGGGAGAAUUAUUAAUCAGAUCAUGAAAGUUAAAGGGUUAAUCAUGUCUUCAUUUGCCAUCUGUUUGAUUAUUUCAAUAGAUUUUGAAGGGCAGGACUUAAAAUCCACCAAGGUUGUAUCACCAGCUGCAGUGGACCCUGAUAAUUUAACAGAGCCUACUUUUGAGGUACGUUUGAAUGGACUAGAACAGAAUAUAUAUUUAUCUAUAUUGUUCCAGUGGUUUUCACAAUUAUAAAGUUUUUGUAGUAUCCAGAAUUGUGAAACAUCUUGCCAAGAGAAAGUCAAAAAUAAGACAGAGCAGAGGAUUUUGGUGUUCUUUACUUUUCUUUUUGCAAACUUCAACACUACAAACUCUAAUUUGACCAGGAAAUAAUCUUUGGAUAUCCUUGGAGAUGCAAAUGCUUGACAUUUACUUUCGGUUAUUUACACAUUGUUUAAUAUGUUUGCCUUUUGCUUACAUAAUUUGUUUUGUCGUCAGAUUGAUGAGAGAGAGGGGAAGCCCUCUACACAUUCAUACAGACUUAUUAGUAUUGUCAGCCAUCUUGGUACAAGUUCUACUUCAGGUGAGCUCAAUAGCUUCUUUCCCAUCAGGUAAAUACAAAGUUCCAGUUAGAAUGUUGUUGAAAUUGUUUUAAUCCUUUUUUUUCCUGCUAAAUGGUGCGCUUUCACCUCAGCUGGUGACAAACACUUGGUUAUGUGGAAAUAUCUUGAGAGUUUUUGUUAAGUCUGUUGUGACUGGAAAAAAAAUUGAUGUCAGCACACCAUGCAGAACUACCAGUACUUGUAUAAGAGCACUGCAUGCUGACAUAAAUUUUUAUUUUUGUGGGUGUAGGGGGGGGGGGGGGGCUGAUUUGUUACUGACUCACACAACAGACUUCACUGGAAAGGACAGACUGCUGAUAGUCUUAGAUUUGCCUGAUGGUGUGCUUUUCUCGAAUUACUCUCUUCGUACCAGGACAUUAUAUUUCAGAUGUGUAUGAUUGCAAAACCAAACAGUGGACAAGUUAUGAUGACUCUGCAGCAACAAAGGUAUCCUAUCUGAUUCUUUAUCCUUACCUGUUAGGUUUAAAAUAUUAAUUUAAUAACAGUAAGAAGAAAGUCUCAGUGAUUUAGCUAGUUUUUUUCAAUUUUCUUUAACCAAAAUGGAUGAGUUAAGGUCAAAAUCACAAAUAUUUCCUUAAAAAAUUGUGACGCUAUAUCAUAAAUAUCAUUUAAAUUGGAUUUCACAGGUUAGCUAGUUUGAACUCUAUGGCAAAUUCUUGUUUUUUACUGCAGGUUGCUGAACACUCAGUUCGCUACAAAAGACAACACAGUGGAUACAUUUUCUUUUAUCUAUACAAGUAAGUUACUCUAUCAUCAGAAGUAUUUUUCCUCCUUUUCAAUGGCAGACAGCCCAUCACGAUUUACAAAUUGCUGCUUACGGAAAAUAUUCUGCUCAUGCAUUUUCCUGGGCCCAGUUGUUCAAUUGAUUAGCUUAACCCAGGGUUAAAAAUAUUUUCUUUAUUCUGCUCAAAGCCUUUCUGGGAAAAUUUUCACCUUUUCAAAGCAUCAAAUAGUUCUGUUUUUUCUUUUAAAAGGUCUGAAAUUAUCUUAACCCAACUUUGAACAACCCAGCCCUGCAGGUGAAAUUCUGAUUAGGCAAAGUUGUGAUCAUGCCUCUUGGUGGGAAAUGGAGAGUCCUUUCCCUAGGCUGUCAGAGAGCUAUUUGCAUUAAUUAUUAAAGGAAAAGACUAAGUAAUCAAAUUAAAAGAAUAAAUGGAACUCAGUCAUCAAAAAAAAAUGAUAUUGUGGUUUUUCAGUGUCUCACAGAUAAAUAAAUCUUUUUCUUUAGUUUUGACUUUGGAAUGAAUAAAUUUCUCCCCACUGACAAAUCCAAAUAUUUUUUUAGCACAACUUUGUCCAGAGAUUGGUAACUGUGAGAGGUGCUAGUUUUUCAAAUUUUUUGUCAGGAUUCAUUUUAAUAUCAAUUCCUGUUUACAGACAAUGUGUAGAUGCUAUAGAUGAGGCAAGCCCAAGCAAAGAAAACUCCCAAAGAUAACAAAGUGGAAGAUAAAACAGCAGAAGUGUUUGUGUAGUAGUUUCAUUAAUAGUUCAAGGAAAAAUUUUGAAAAUAUUUCAACCUCCUCUGAUGACAUAACUUGUAAAACUUCAAUGACAUUCAACUUUUUUUUCUGUAAAGGGCACUUCUAGUAAAUGCCCUUUUCCCCAGAGUGUCGUAGAGAAAAAAAACCAACAUAGUCAGUACAGCCAAUCAGACCAUAACUAACGACUACAAGAAGAGGGUGGGCACUCAAAUUGAUGAUAACUAUCUUUGUAACCUUUCUUUUAGUCUGUCCCCAAAAUUACUUUACUGAGAGUAGGCAAGAUUAAAUGAAGGAGAAAAUGGCCAAAAAAAAUUGAAAAAGUUUAUAUACCAUGUCAAGAAGGGAAAUUAAAUUCAAUAUGAAAAUUAAAGCUGUUAUGCAAGUUGACAAGCAAGUUAUUUGAAGAAUAUACUUUCUGAAGAGGAUAAAGGAAAAUAGCUAUGAAUAAUGCUUCCUAUUGCCAAGAGAAAUUGUAAGGACCUUUGAUUGUUGGAAAACAAUUCACUGAUUAAAA